AGGAAGGCCCAUAAUCGAAUCCAAUCGACUCUACCACUCAAGAAGCGACAAAUUGCACAGUGCCGAAUCUGCUGAUUGGUAUUACCAACUGCUACUUCCUGCUUCUCUUCCAACCUCACAGGCAUCCAAAUUUAUGUGACCACUCCCCAUUAAUUAUAUCAUCAACAACAACCAAACCCCAUUUCCCUAUUUGAUCUUAAGCCCAUCCUUCACCCAAUUUCAGCUUGAGGGGUUGGAGGAUUCGUCUUUGAUUUCUCUUAAAAAUGUUCGAAUCGCCUGUGGAAGAAGGGUGGCGGUAUUGGGUCAGAUGGCAAGUUCCUGUUUGUGGUCUAAUAAUCGCCAUUCCAUGUGCUUUUGCUUUGAAAUUCAUCAGGAAGUCAAUGGCUAAGCCUCUGCUUCUCUCUGAUUUGUGGUCUACUCAUUGGAGGCAUCUUAGUCCUUUAUGGCUUUUACUUUACAGGGCUUUUGCUUUUGUUUGCUGUGUUCAGUUACUGUAUGAGAUUGUUGCCUUGCAUGGACCUUUUGUCUUCUUUUUCUACACUCAGUAAGUUUAAUUCACUUCUAAAUUGUCUUCUCCCUGACUUGGUUUGUAGGGAAACAAUGGAACGUGAAGGACUUAGCAUUGAUUUUCAUGAAUAAGUGGACAAUGGCUUUAGUAGCAAUCUAUUUUGCGCUGGGGACAGUUGUAUCUGCAUAUGGGUAUUGGUGUCCUUCCAGGAAAACCCAUUCCAAAAACGAGGAGGAUGUUAAACUCAUGGAAAAAGAUCUGAAAAAGAAUGUAGACAUUGUCAAAGAGGAUACCAUAAAAGUGCAAAACGAAUGUGCUCAACAGGAAUUUCAGGAGAAAGCAGGAUGUUUAGGAACUCUUAUGCAAAUGGCAUAUCUGGCAGCAGCAGGUGCUUCUGUAUUAACCGACGUAGUGUUUUGGUGCCUUCUCGUGCCAUUUCUACUUGGUGAAAAUUUCCAAGUCAGCCUGUUGAUUGGUUCCAUCCAUGCUCUGAAUGCUGUUUUUCUUCUUGGAGAUACUGCUAUCAAUAGCCUUUCAUUUCCUUUCAGUGGUUUUGCAUACUUCGUGGCCUUUGGCGGUCUCUAUGUCGUUUUCCAAUGGACCGUGCACGCGUGCUGUGUGAAUUGGUGGCCAUAUCCUUUCUUUGAGCUCAGUACACCUUGGGCUCCUCUCUGGUACCUUGGCUUAGCAGUGAUUCACAUCCCCUGUUAUGGAAUAUAUGCUCUAAUUGUGAAGGCAAAAUAUUCACUUCUGCCAAGAUUAUUUCCUCAUGCUUUUGUCAAAACAUUUUAGUUCUCUCUUUCUCUCUCUCUCUAUAUAAGAAAUAAUAAUAAUAAUAAUAAGUGGGUGGUGUUAUAUUAUAAACCACUGGAAAUGCAAUGACUACACAUUGAAUUGGUGCAUCGGACUCUUAUAUUCUAUGCAA